AUGGAGACUUCUGUUGAUUUAAGGAAAUAUAAGUUGAAGAAGGCUGAUCGCGUUGUCCCUUACAGGAGGUUGAACACCUCAUUGAAGGACUGCAAUCCCGACCUUUUCAUUAAUGCUUUCGCUGAACAUAUGAAACUCAAAGGAUACCUUGAAUGUCCAAAACGUCUUGAUUAUGCAAAAACAAGUGUUGCCAAGGAAUUAGCACCUCAAAACCCUGAUUGGUUCUAUGUCAGGGCUGCCGCUGUUUUGCGUCAUCUAUAUUUCCAUCCAGACUCUGGAGUUGACAGACUCAGAAAGGCUUAUAGUAGCAAGAAAAGAAACGGUUCUGCCCCUAAUCACACUUGCAGAGCUUCUGGUAAGAUUCUAAGGACUAUUGUCCAACAACUUGAGUCGAUUGGUUUCCUUGAGCAGGACCUUAAAAAGCGUGGCAGGCGUCUUUCUCGCAAGGGUUGCAAUACUGUUAACGCUUUUGCCCGCCAACUAACUAGAGAAGUCAUUAGCAGGACCUAA